AUUAUAAUAGAGAGAUAGGGAGGGAUAGGGAUAACCACAACAUUUCUUUCUUCAUAGGAGAAAGUUGUCUCUGUCAUUCUAUCAACUUCGUUUUUAGGUUGCGUAAUACUUUAUGCACUUCGAAAAGGAGAGGACAAAUUAACCCACUUCUCAUUCAAUCCUCUCUCUACUUUUUUCUUCCCCUCCUCUCUUCCCUUCGGAUAAGAAGAUUAAGAUUCCAUCGUCCUCCACUUUGUAUUUAUUCUUCUCUAUUUGUGUUUUUUGGAUACGUUUCUUUCUUCAGUUUUCCAGGUCAUUUUUCUUGGAAUUUUCCGUUUUUGUUGUUUUUGGCUGUGUGCUGGCGUUUGAUUGAACUACUGGUAGAGCUCAAGGGAGUUCAUGGCUAGCAAAAGAAUCCAGAAGGAGCUUCAGGAUUUGCAGAGAGAUCCCCCGACGUCCUGCAGUGCUGGGCCUGUGGGAGAGGACCUCUUCCACUGGCAGGCAACGAUCAUGGGACCCGCAGAUAGCCCCUAUGCUGGUGGCGUGUUCUUUGUCAUGAUUCAUUUCCCACCUGACUAUCCCUUCAAGCCUCCCAAAGUCAACUUCCAGACUAAGGUGUACCACCCAAACAUCAACUCCAAUGGUAGCAUUUGUCUUGACAUCCUUAAGGAGCAGUGGAGCCCAGCCUUGACCAUAUCAAAGGUCCUCCUCUCCAUUUGCUCACUUCUCACUGACCCCAACCCUGAUGAUCCCCUUGUUCCUGAAAUUGCCCACAUCUACAAGAACCAGAGGAGUCGAUAUGAGGAAACAGCAAGGGCAUGGACCCAGAAAUAUGCCAUGAACUGACAUUGGUCGGUGGGUUCAUCAUUCUGGGUGGGCCUCAACUUUUUGUUUUGGGGAGUUUUUUUUUUUUCUUUUGGGGGGGGGUGUUUCAUGAAGAGAAACACUGAUAGAAGCUUGUGUGUGGUAAACAUGCUCUCAGAUGAAUUGAAGUGUUCUGUCGAAACUGCAUGACUUGUAUAUUAUUACUAUAGUUAUGGGAUAAAAUGGUUCCUGUGUUCUGUUAGUAA